AUGGCAUCUUAAAGUGAAGAAAAAGAUCUAAUAGGAUCCAUAUUAAGUGGUAUUAUUAAUUAACUAUUCUCAGAUGAUGAAAUUUAAUUAGUACCAAUUUUGUAUAAGAGGAAGAAAAAAUUAUCACUAAAAUCAAAAGAAUUCAAUCCAGAAUAGCAUAUUAAAUAAGAUUAUAUUCACAAUUCAAAUGGGAGUAUCAUUUCUACAGGAUUAGGAUCAUAAUAGAAAUAGCGAAUAUUUUUUCAUACAUAAACAUCUAUAGAAAUGUAUUUAUUUAUAUAUAUAUAAUCCAUAUACAGACAGUCUUAAUUAUCUAAUACUUUAAAUUAAACAACAGAUUUAGAAUUCUUUGGUUCAGCUAAUAAUUAUUAAUGUAUAAAAUUUUCAAUAAUAUUUAGCAGCAUUUGAUUCAUUAGAAUAACUGUAGUUGAAAUAAAAAGUUAAAAAACAUCUCACAGUUUAACCAAUGGAAUAUUAACAUACAUAAUUUUAAUUUAACAGUGUUCAAAUUCUUGAAGGGAAAUUGUAACUUAGUUAAAAGGAUCUUGUAAAUAUAAUAAUUAAUAAUUCUAAGGAAUAAAUAUGUGGAAAUCAAUUAAUUAAUAGAAAAUUAUAAAAUGUUUUAGAUAAUAAUGAUCGCAAUUAAAAAAGACUCAUUUAUUGUUAAGUUGAAAAGGUUUGUGUAAAAGCAUCUAAAGAUAUGUUUGGUAAUUAUACAGUGUAAAAAAUAUUUGAUGUCGCAGAUUAUGAAUAAAAAUAUAAGUUGUAUUCUCUCUUGAUUUGUCACAUCUUAGAAUUAUCAAAAAAUUAAUAUGCAUGUAGAGUUGUUUAGAAGAUGAUAGAAUUCGUUAAGUAACCAUUUAUCUAUCUAUUCAAAGAGAUUCUCAUGAAUUAAUUUAAUCAUUAAUUAAAACACUAUAUCCACAUAUCAAUCAACUUUUAAAUGAUCUGAAUGGUAAUUAUGUACUGCUAUCAUGUUUUGAAAUAUUAGACAAAUCUACAUUAUUAUUCAUUAUCCCUUAAAUUGAAGAAUGUGUAAUUAAUUUCAUUAUUUAAGAUUACUAUUCUCUCAAAGUAGACCUAUGGUUGUAGAUUAAUUCAAAGAGUCUUAGAACUUUACCCUUUGGAAAUAACCUAAAGAAUUUUAGACAUAUUAAUUUCCAUAGCCUAUUAAUUAUGUUAUUAGGAAUUUGGAAAUUAUAUAAUCUAAUACCUUCUUAGAAGUGGACCAUAAAAGGAAAAAUCUUUAAUUUGCCAAAUUAUUAAAGAAAACUUCGAAUAAUUAAGUAGUAAUAAAUUUGGUAGCAAUACUGUUGAAAAGUAUCUUGAUCUUAUGGGACCAUCUUAAAUUAUUAAGAACUUAUGUACAUAAUCUAAUAAUUAGUACUUUAUUGAUUAAUCUUUAGAUUUGUAUUUUAUAACUUAUCCAUCCAUCCUUUUGGAAACUAUGUUAUGAAAAAAGUUCUAAUAAGUGCAGAUCCUUCAGUUCAUUAUCUAAUAUCGUUAUUGAAACAGCAUCCAGAUCUUAUUUAAUAAAUUAAAAACUCGGAAUUCGGAUAAAGAGUUGGUUUAAUUUUGGAUACUGUAUGA